GUACGUUAAGUUAUCAUUGUUGCAAGGGAACCAAGGGGUAUAUUAGUAAAGUAACCACCCUUCAUUUCUUUUUGCCAAUUUUUUCUAUAUAUAUAAACCUAAAUUCUCUAACACCCCCCUAACUAGAAAGUUGAACUAAAAAAAAAAAAAAAAACCUCUCUUCUAUCCCCAUCUUCUAAUUAGGGUCAGAAGAACAUACCUACAUAUAUACAACCUUCUUUUUCUUUCUUCUUGUUCAAAAGUUAAAAGAAAAAAAGACAAGAAAAAGAUAAAAUAAAAAGAUAAAAAUCUUCUUCUCAUCACCCCACAUGGAAAAAGAGUUAGAUCAUCAAAAAGAGCUUCAACUUCUGCCACCCCCACCUCCUCCUCAUCCCGCUCCCUCAUCCUCCUCACGUGCUCUUCCUUGGUUCCACCACCGCCAUCGUCGAUCACGACCACCAUUAUAUCCGCCAUCUUACGCCUUAGACGGCGGCGGCGGUGAUGAUGAUGGUGAUCAUGGCUGUGAUCAUGGUAGUGGACCUUCCCUAGACUUGAAGCUCUCUAUAAGCCUAGAGCCAGCUGAGCCAUCCGAUUUCGGUUGCAUCGACGCGCUCAAGUGGCAAGCGGCUGAGCAGAUAAGGCUUGCCGCCAUUGAAAAGGCAUAUGCGGAACGAGUUCGAGAGUUAACUCGGAGAGAGAUUGAGUUGGCUCACUCCGAGUUUGCUCGAGCUCGUGCCAUGUGGGAUAAGGCUAGAGAAGAAGUUGCUAAGGCUGAAAGACUUAGGGAUACUGCUACUACCUGCAUGGGUGAGAUCACUUGCCACUCUUGCAGGCAAAGGUUUCGUCCUAAUUAACUUCAUUAUUAGUAUUAUUUAGUAUUUCCAUUAAUGUGGCAUCAAAAUAUUAUUCACAUAUUAUUUGUAUUUUAUGUGGAGGCGGGUAUAAAAAUAUUUUGGUUCGUUA